AUGUGGUUUAUGUUACUGUUAUUCCGCUGCUGUAGCGCAGUAGCGCGGAAUGGUUUUAAGAAUAUUAAAGCCUCCGACCACACCGAGUAUUUACGAACACUCUCCCUGGCCUGCACAUUGCCGACGCAGCGCUGCACGGUCCAUUCAUUCCCACUGACAAUCCUGCCCCGGGCGCAGAAAGUCGGCGCGGCAUCCCAGCAAAGAGGGCAAGGUCACGCCGGCAUCCGCACGCGCAACUGGCUAGCAACGUUUCAGGCCGGUGACCUCCCACCACCGGGCCUGUUUGCCGCACACCGCGCAUGCACGCUGCCUACCGUCGGCGGGAACGCGGUCCUCCAGCGCUUGAAUAACGGCUGGCAUCGCGUGAAGGACUUUAGCAAGUGGCCGACGAUCCCGCAGGUGUUCAUCGGCGGGGAGUUCGUGGGCGGGAGCGUCAACCUGCUGCAGAUGCACCGCAGCGGCGAGCUGAUGGACACGCUGAAGAAGGCCGGCAUCCACUCCACCAUCCCCGAUCCGAAUCCGCCGACGGAGGCCAAGGCCAGGAACAGAAGACGUAGGUACAUAUACGAUACAUAG